GCAACAAACACUGGGCUUCAUACAACAGGCAAGCCUGUCCCUGUGCAGCUGAAUAAACCACUCGGAGCAACAAGCCAUCGCACAGGAAGGACAGAAACUGGCGCUUAGGCUCCUCAUGUAAGCACCGGAAGAAAGUCAGAGAGCUGCUGAACUACAGAUCUCCACAGUUGGUGAUCAUUUGGUGAGCAUAGCCUACAGCUGGACAUGGAUCACGGGUGCUCCUCUUCACCGUUUUGGAUUUAAUUCAGAGUCUGCGCCUCCGUCCGUCUCCUGUGAGCGCAGGGAACAGGUGGAUCCUAUCUGUGUGCCUGAGUGCAGUUUAAUUCCGCCGCUGUCUUUAUGGGGAAUCAGGUGGAGAAACUAACGCAUAUAAAUUACGCGGAGGUGCCAACGUCGGACCCGAACGGCUUCGAUCCAGAUGGCGACGGAACGCGGAUUGGCGUCUCCUACAUUUUCUCCAAUGACGACGACGACCAGGAUCAGGACGAGAAUCUGGAUCACUUCCCCCCCGAAAGUCGGUCCGUGAACCACGAAGAGAAGCCAUUUGACCCGGAGGACGAGCUGGAGUGCGCCAUUUACUACCGAGACGAGUGCGUCUACGGGAGGAGCUCCGGAGCUGCGUCUCUCUCCCCGGAGAACCUGCUGGCCAAGUGCAGACCAGGGGACCUGCUGGAGUUCGUGGCUACCGGCCAGUACCCGCACUGGGCCGUUUACGUGGGGGACUUCCAGGUGGUUCAUUUGCACCGAGCCGAGAUCAAGAACAACUUUCUAACCGACGUGAGCCAGGGGAAGAAGGGCAGGAUAGUGAACGGCCUGUACAGGCACCGUGCGCUCCCGCCGGAGGUGAUCGUGCGCAACGCCAUGGACCACGUCGGCGCCAGGGACAGGGAGCUGUGCUGGAGAAACUCUGAGUGCUUCGCCGCCUGGUGCCGCUUUGGCAGACGGGAGUUCAAAAUCGGAGGGGAGAUACGGAUCGGGAAGCAGCCGUACAAGUUAAAACUGCUCUUCUCCGAGAAGAAGAGCCACAUUUUGGAGUUCCAGUGCUUGGAGGACGUGAUCAUGGAGAAGAGGAGAAACGACCAGAUCGGCAAAGAUGUUGUGAUGCAGGAGCUGGCUAACCAUUUGAAUGCCACGCAUGGCCUUAAAGAGGAGCGCGUUGUGAACUGAUAGAAGUUGUGGUGAGAUCCUGAACUUAAGGAGAUGUUAGACAGGAAGUUGUCAGCUGGUGUUGAAGGAGAGUAAUGUUACCUCUAAUAGGCCUAAGAGCUGUGAACUAGCGCGGUUGUGUCGCUUUGCCAGUGAAUGGGUGGGGGGGGGGGGGGGGGGGUUGAAAGUUAUCUUUACAAGUGAAAACUCUCUGAUAUCUGGAGUAACGCAUACUCCAUUCUCAAGUGCUUUAGCAAGGAAGCGUUCAAGGUUGAGAGAAACAUUCCACACCAUAAUUAACAAUGGCCAGUUAAAGUAACACAAACCUCCUCCAAAAUAACCCAAAUUCCCUUGUCCUCUGUAGUUGACCCGAACCCAAGAUUCACUGAGUUACUGUGAUGAAUUUGCAUGAGAUCUACUUGGAGCCUUAUCAUUUAGGGGAAAAGUAAGAAUUAAACGAUCCUUAAUUAUUUAUUGCAGUGAAUCUUUGCACGCUUGUGAGCGAGCCUUCUAUGUGAUCUGAGACCAAGUUCUGAAAGUGUUCACACCCCCGUAAAACUCAGGUGUUGCAGACUGAGGCAGAGUGAGAGACAACCUGUAGCUUUUAUCAGUCAGUGUUGAGGAUUCCCAUUUGUUGCUUUAUUGCCAAUCAUCUCACAGCCUUACCUGUGGAUUGUCCUGUUCAUAGCCAUAACUGUUGCACCUUUUAAUGAUUCACCUCUUUUACCGGUUUAUUUUUCUUGAAAAAACAACAACCAUGUUUGUAUAAAGGCAUAUGGAAUAAAUUUAUAUUUGAAGAGUAAA